GGGGGGGCACUGGCGGCAAAGAGUCAACUCCGGGAUGGUGCUUCAGUCGGCCACUCCCCGAGCAUGCGCACUGCAGCCACCCGCCACUGGAGCAGAAACUGGUGACUGGAAGUUGGAGUCCUGGAGUUGUUAUGGCUUUUAAGCUUCUAAGACUGGUUAAGCUUCAUUCUUCCAAGAUACAAGCGGAAUGUUUUCUUCAAACUGUGAAGCAUCAGCUGUACCCUUACCGUCGCAUUCAUAACAUUUUGUCUUCUCAAUUCGUUUUGCCAACUGUGCCAAAGAUCUGUCAUCAAUGGGUGCCUCAGAAAACGUACCACUGUGUAAGUCGAGAUCAGCCUUAUUGCACCACCACAGGGACAGUGUAUCUGCAUAGAGAUGCUGGGGAUGGUGUUAAACUGGACACCAAGGAGCACAUAUCCACUGAUGAGCAAAGUGUCUUAGAACAUUUGCAAAAAUGUACGUCUUCUAAGCAGGUCUUCGAACUGCUGAGUUCAUUGAGCUCCAUGUCUGACACUGUGGCAGCCUUUGCCUUGCUGAGAAUCUCACAGGUUGAGCAAGAUGAAAACGGACAGAAAAGACCUGUUGAGUUUCUGGAUAACGAUGUCUUCAAGGCACUGUGUUUUCAGUUUGAACGUGAGGCUCCAAGAUUGAGUGACAUGGGGCUUGUGACUGCACUGUUCGCGUACGUCCAGCUGCAGGUGGAGCCCCAGAGCUCUCUUAUGGUGCGACUUGUGUCAGAAAGUCAUGAGCGACUCAGUAGAGGCCUGAUGUCCAUUGAGGAGCUGUGUGUCCUGGGUGAAGCAUUGCUAGACUUAGAAGUUCUGGGCUCUAGGAUGCUUAAUCAAGUAAUGGAGCAAGUUCAGAAACAGGAAGUGGUGAACUGGACUGUUGAAGAGAUGUUGAUGGUUUAUAAUUUGCUGGUGGCGAGUAUUGACAAAGGAGGACAGUACCAGCAGCUACUGAAUAGAAUGAACACCCACACUCUUCAGUUGGUUUACAAGUUGCGUCCAAAAGCAAUAAGUGAUGUGCUAAAUGCAAUGGUUAUCCUCAAGCAAACUCAGGCUAUCCCUUUGGUUAUCAACCUAUGUAAACAUUCAGUCAGGCAUGUUCCCUAUUUCUCAGACCAGGAGCUCAUACAGGUCCUGAAUGCUUUAAUGUACUUUGGACACAGUGACAGAUUUUUCAUUGAAGCGUUAGAAAGAAAUAUCCCCCCAAAGGCCUUUGUCAUGCAGCCACAAGCAAUCAGCAAGGUGAUGAAGUAUUGCAUUCGGCGCCGGAUCCUUUCACGACCCAUCUUGGAUGCAGUUGCAGAGAGUUUUAUUUACAACUCUGACAAUUUUACAACCACAGAAAUUGUGCUCCAGUUGAUGUCCUUUGGUGAGCUGAACUACCUGCCGUCGACUGCAGGCCAACUCUUUCGAAAGGUUGAAAACAUUUUGAGGAGACGUUUUUCACAGUUUCAACCACACGCACUACUGAACCUCCUCCAUUCAUGCAUAUUGAUUGAACGCUUUCCUGUGAACUUUGUAGCUAAAGUUUUUAGCCCCUACUUUCUGCAACAGUUGGAAGCACAAGGAACUGGUUUAGAUCAAUUUGUUCGUGCCCAGCUGACCCAGCUGUUCAUGACUGUGAAACUGGAGUGCCCCUUUUAUGAGGGUCCCAGUCUUCCUCAAAAGUACCGUGUGAAAACCUUUCUCAAACCAGGACGCUCACUGGAAACUUUAGUUGAUGAGCAUCUCUACAACAAUGUUAAAAAUGCCUUAAUUGAUCUUCUCGGAGCAAGGAAUUAUUUUGCUUCCCGCGUCCUGACACCAUACUGCUACACACUCGAUGUUGAGAUCAAACUAGAUGAAGAAGGAUAUGUGCUUCCUGCUGCCAGCCGUGACAAUGUGUACCGAAGGAUAGCAUUGUGUAUUGAUGAUCAAAGAAGAUUCUGUGUAAAUAGUUGCCAUCUGAUUGGAAAGGAGGCCAUCAAACAAAGACAACUGCAGCUACUGGGCUAUGAUGUUGUGCAGAUUCCAUUCCACGAGUUUGACAAGCUGCAGAACCGUGAGGAGAUGGUGCAGUAUCUCCACAGGAAGAUCUUUCCACACAGUUACAGACUUACUUGGUGAAGCAACAAAAAAAGUCAGAAUCUCUAAUAUUGGGAAUUAUAUGCAGAUAAUUAUUUGCA